UGCAUUCUGCAAGGGCUGCUGAACAACACGCACACAAACUUGCCCACUCAGCACACAUGUACUCGCACACAGACGUGGGACGGGACAGGACACUACAGGACUCGCUGGAAAAUGAAUCUUGUUAAGGAAAGUGUGGAAAGGACAGUCAGCCUGCAGUAUGGACUCUGAAUCUCUGGACAGCUGUAUCCAGAGCUCGCUCUCUGCUCUUUACCCUCCGUUUGAAGCCACUGCGGCCACCGUGCUGUGCCAGGUGUUAGACGUGGUCGAGACAACAUAUCGCGGAGACGGACUACGCUACAUCAUCGACUUCCUGGUGCCUGCAAAACACAUCCUACAGAGCAUUCAACAGGAUGCAUGCUUCCCAUAUUGUGGUUUCCUGUUUCGUCAUGAAGGCUGGCCACUGUGUAUCCAUGAGAAAGUCAUAAUCCAGCUUUCCACUUUGGACUGGCGUGUGUUACAGCCAAGUGACUUCUACUUGCAAGUGACACCCUCACAUAAAAGCCCCCCACGCAUCACAUUGAAGUGCUUGGCUGUUAGCGGGCAGCAUGUGGAGGAACUGGAUGUGCCGGAGUUAGCAUACACCUCUCUAUUUACCAUGGACUGGCUGGACUCCAUCAACCGGGAAAGGACUGUGGUCAGAAAAACCGCCCUGGAACACUGUCUUUUAUCGGCGGAUAAUGAUAUAUUUAGGGUACCAUGGGAGGAUAUUGUUCACCCAGAAUUUAUCAGCAGACCACCCAAAGUUACAGAACAAGGUGAAAGUAGAGGGGUGAUCAAAGAACAUGGGGACAGAGAGAGGAGAAACUCUGACAUAGAUCAGGAGGACAACCCUGAUGAUAUCGAAUGUAGGAUUUUUAUUGACACUUCCACAGACCAAUCAGGGGAGAUGGAUUGUUCAAGCAAAAAUGGUAAACUCCUCCCAGCUCUUGAAGAGGUUAAUAAAGAUAGCAGUGGGAGAAGCUCUAGCUGCACAGCGGAGGAUUCCGAGGGCGAGUAUGUAGAGCUGGCUGAUAUCUCCUUACCACGUUUUUCCCCACAAAAAGGCUCUCUCACUCAGGCCAUUAGCAUGAACUACAGAAAUCUACAUAAACCGCAAACGGCUGGACCCACUCAAUCUAAAGCUAAACCAACAGACAGUCUUUCAAAGCCGGGAGCAUGCUCGCAGAGCAUGGUAUGUGCCAUGCUGAUUGAGGAAAACCUAAAUGACACCUACCAACCUGUGAUCUUAACUCCCACUGUACCAGCUGUGGUAGAGAUUUCACAUCAACGAGUGGAGAGGCCUGAGCCCACCUGUGCAACAGGUACAGCCCACUGUGACAGUGUCUUUAAGCAUGCAUCUGAGAAAGAGUUGUUUACGCAGCACUUUGAUACUGCUUCCCUUUCUGAUAUCCCAACAUGCAAUACAUCACAACUAGACAGCAAACCAGUCAACACAUCACAACUAGAUGACAACCUAGUUAGCACAUUACUUGCAGACGACAAACCAAUAAGCAUGUCUGAACUAGACAACCAACUAGUCAGCACAUCACAACCAGACAGCAAACCAGUCAGCACAUCACAACUAGACAAUGAGGCAGUCGAAAUCUUAAAACCAGAGAACAAACUAGUGAACACAUCACAAGUAGAUGACAAACUUGUCAGCACAUUACAAGCAGACGACAAACCAGUAAGCAUAUCUGAACUGGAGAACAAACUAGUUGACACUUUACAACCAAACAGCAAACAAUUCAACACAUCACAAAUAGACAAUGAGCCAGUGAAAUCUUCACAACUAGACAACCAAUCUCAAUUAGACAACAAACUAGUCAGCACUUUAAUACCAAACUGUAGAACAGUUGAGACAUUACAACCAGAAUGUAACUUAAUUAGUGUAUCCCAACCAGACAGCGAACUGGUCAAUGUGGUCCAGCUUGAGGGCAAAGAAGUUAACAUAUUUCAACCAGUGUUACCUAGUACUUUAGAGAGUGAAUACUCAGAGCAAGCUAUUGUUGAACAACAAAUAUUUGAUCCAGCUGAAAAACAAGAAGUCAGUUCUGAAUCUAAGCAAGUGAGAGUUGACAGAGAAUUGGAAGACAGUUCUGAUCAGCAAAACAACAACUUUUCCAACUCUGAGCCUUUGACUGUCAGUAUGUCAUUACAGAAACAGACAAAUCACACAGAGUCCAGCCAAUGUCAGGUACACGCAUGCAUUCAAUCAGCACCUGAAAAGGAGCAUGUUCUUCCUGUAGACCAGUCAGUCCUUGAAUCUCCUGCUAUAAAUAACGACCACCAGACAUUUAGUGAUGGUGGCUAUAACAAAGAGAAAUCUGGUGACUGUAUUGCCAGUGCUCUGGAGGAAGGUGGGCCUGUUUUGGCUAGUCUGCAAAGGAAACAGGUAGUCUUCGCCUCUGUCACCACAGAGCCUGAGGAGAAUCUGGUUGCAACAUUUUCCCAGGAUCAGGUGAGGACAGAGCCCUCUGAGAACCAAAUAACAACAAAGGUAGAAAUCCAAAAAGUUGAAGUUUGCCAAACAAAGAAAGAACAUGUAGAUAUAGAAGUGGAUGAGUCAUCUUGCAAGGAGGCAGAAAAGGUGGAAAUUAAAAGCAGUAUAGUAACAGAAAGAACAACAGAGAGAGAUAUAGUUGCAAUUAGUACUGCAAAGGAAGUUAAGACAGCUCAAACAGGUCUGGUUGAUACCACACCCAAGUCUGACUUUACAUCAACAAGUAUUCAAGUUCACAAGGAGGGAAGCACCAACGUUGGGACAGACACUGAUAUUGAAAAGAACAGGGGGGAUAAAGAGGCAGCAGACGAGGGAAGUGGUGUGACCUCAAGCUCAGAGGUGAUUGGGGUCAGUACUGUGACAUGCCCUGUGGUUGUGAAUGAGCCUGAGGCCAUAGUGCCAAACUAUUCCGAAAAUAGAGUUGAGUCAGCAUGCCUUCAAGUCCCUGAUCCAGCCUCAGAGGUGCCAAACACAAAUGGACACACACACCCAGAGCAAAUGGACACACACACUCAUGACACACUGGUGAAGGGAGAUGACACACCCACUGCAGAAGGAGGGCAAAAAAGAGAGGAGGAGAGAAAGAUGGAAGAGAAUGUAAGGAGGGAUGAGGAUGGGAUUACUUCCUCUGUGAAUGGCUCUCCAGCAGAGCAUCAACAGCAAACAGACAUGGAGUCCCAUUACCAUCAGCAGAAGGAGCAAGCAUGCGUUCAGGCAGUAGACAGCAUCGAUUGCAACCUGUCUGCUACUCCUUUGCUAGCUAAGAGCCAUAGGGAAGUCCCCUCAGCAGCUCCUUUACCACCACCAGCAAUCUCCCAGAGGACCCAGCCUGCUCUGAGUGAAACACACGGCAUCAAUGCUCAAGUCUUGAGCUCAGGAGUGCUCUGUCUGCCUGGAACAAGAGAUAAAUCAGGGCAUGCACUUAUGACAGUGACAAUGAGGAACACUAUCUGGUUAAAUCCUAACUGCAACAGUGGAGAGCUGGUGCGGAUCAUGGUCUACUUCUACACCACACUCAGGAAGGAAGUUAGUGCCCUAGGUUUGACUGUCCUGGUGGAUGCCCGUAGGUGUUCUCUUGUCCCUGCUCUCUUUAAAGCCUUCAACAUCCUCCAGGAAGCCUUGCCUGGAUGCAUUCAUACAGUACUGCUGCUGGCUGACAGAGAUCUGGCUCUACGCAUGGAAAAAGCUUACUCUUUUCAGGUGGAGCUGUUAACGUCAAUGAAAUCUCUUCAUAAACACGUGGACAUUGCUCAUCUUCCCACUGAGUUUGAUGGCACCUUCCCUUAUUCCCACAGCAGCUGGGUCACUUUCAGAAUGAGGUUGGAGCAAUUGACCAGGCAUUGUGAGGAUGCUGUAAACCUGCUUCAGAACAGCAUCAGCAAGCUGGAGUCCACAGUGCUGCCACCUACAGCAGAGGAGGCUGAGAUCUUGUUGAAUAAGUACAGAGAAUUGAUGAGGAGUGUUCUGGACGACAGCAGGUUGGUGCGGCUUCAGCUGGAGGGAGGAGCUGCUUUGUCACGUCUGCGAAAGGAAGAGACCAGUGUCAGCCUCACCGAGGACUACAGAGAUGCCAUCGAGAGUGCAGGGCAUCUGUAUAACCAAGUGGAUGAGCUGGUUCACAAGCUUGUGAUGCUGUCCAACAAAUGCACACAGGAACUGGAAUUCAUCAUGGAGUUUAAGAUCCUGGAAGAGGGAUUCAGAGAGGUGAGUCAGUGGAUAGACGAGGUGGGGGAGACCCGUCUGCAGACACUCGGUGAACUUGAAGAUUCCUUGGAGCAGCUACAUCAUAAACAGACCCUCUUCAAAGAUUUUUACGCGGCCGCAUAUGAGCACUGUAAGAGCGGUGAAGCUCUCCUCAAGCGUUUGGAGAAGUGGGAAGACAUCUCCUCUUCAGAGCUUCAGGUCUAUGAGGUGAAAGUACGCUCCUUUUGGGUACACCUGCACGACUUCUCCCAGCGAGUGGAAGACACCAAAGACAAAAUUGACAAGACUGUUCGACUCUACGAGUUCUUUGACAAGGCAUAUGAAUGGGCACUAGAGGGCAUGCGUCAUUUGGCAUGUGUUAGCAUGGAAGACUGUGGCAUGACUGAGAAGUGCCAGAGCGUGAUCACAUGUUUGGAGACCUAUCACAGUCAGCAUCCUCCAAUUCCAGACUCUCGGUUCCAGGAGAUGAAGGACCUUGCCGGGGAGCUGAGGAGCGAACAAGGACUCAAGCAAUGGAAGUUCGCCUGGUCCAAGUGUCAGGAGACCAAGCAGAUGUUUGAGAAAAAGCUGGAGAUAGCCCUUCGUUCUCGCCGUGAGAGUGACUCAAGAUCGGUGAGCGGCGCUUCUUCCCGGCGGAACUCACAGAUUAGUGCCAAAGGUCAAGAGCGUAGCAGUAGCAUCUCCUUCUCAUGUCGUAAAGCAUUCGGUGUAGGCUGGGGCCGAGAAAGACUUUCCUCUCAUUCAAGCUCAUCCUCAACACCCGGCAGCCCUUCAGGCAUUCGUCUGGACACCUGUGACUCUAUCCGAACCCCCACAGGAAGCCCCUAUAGCACGGAGCAUAGAAUACCCCACAGUACCCCCAUCAGAUCCAACAGGUUGACACGCAGUGUCUCUACAGAUGAGGCUCCUCAACGUCCACAACCGGAAGGGCAAGCAUCUGCUUCCUCAUCCUCCACGAGCCCAAACAUUUCUUCUAUGGAACCAAAUCGCAGGGUUCUGCGGAAGACUCAAAGCUUUGAUACGGGCGGUAGCGAAAGUGGAUCGCGUUACGGGACUUGUCAACGAACUCUGAGCGAACCUGCACGAAGAGGGAACACGGGUGUGUUUAUUAAGGGCCUAGAGGUGAGCAGCACUGAGGUGAUCGAUCGGCCGUACAGUCCGCGGCUGCCGCCCAUGCACGGGUGGUCUUCUUUCGAUUCACAACACAGUGGGAGUCCCGCACUAGAACCACGCAGCAAGGGCAGUAAACUUCGUCACAUUGUGGAUGAGAUGGUUACAACAGAGCGGGAAUAUGUGCGUUCUCUGCGGUACAUCAUUGACAACUAUUUCCCUGAGAUGGAGCGCGCCGACCUGCCGCAGGACUUGCGUGGAAAGCGCAGCGUCAUCUUCGGGAACCUGGAGAAGCUGGUUGAUUUCCACAGCCAAUAUUUCCUUAAAGAGCUGGAGAGCUGCUGUAACCACCCACUGCGCGUCAGCCACUGCUUCCUACGACAUCAAGACCAGUUCAGCCUAUAUGCCUUGUACAGCAAAAACAAGCCAAAGUCAGAUACGCUUCUGGCCAGCCAUGGAAACAGCUUCUUUAGGCAUAAACAGCUAGAAUUGGGAGAUAAAAUGGACCUGGCGUCAUACCUGCUGAAGCCCAUCCAGCGCAUGAGUAAGUACGCCCUGCUGCUCAAAGACCUGAUCAAAGAAGUGAGCGAGGUCCAGGAGCAGGAGCUAGCAUGCCUACGUGCCGCCACAGAAAUGGUCAAAUUUCAGCUUCGCCAUGGCAACGAUCUACUUGCCAUGGAUGCCAUCAGAGACUGUGAUGUGAAUCUGAAGGAACAGGGCCAAUUGGUUCGUCAGGACGAGUUCACGAUUUUGUACGGCAGAAAGAAGUGCCAAAGACACGUGUUUCUGUUUGAAGACCUAGUGUUGUUUAGCAAACCCAAACGGAUAGAGGGAGGUCUGGAUGUUUACAUAUACAAACAUUCUUUUAAGACAGCAGAUGUGGGUAUGACAGAGACGUCGGGUGAUAAUGCUCUGAGGUUUGAGAUCUGGUUCCGCAGGAGAACUUCAAAAAACCAGGCCUAUAUUCUCCAGGCCAGCACUGGUGACAUCAAACACGCUUGGACUUCAGACAUCGCACGGAUACUGUGGCAACAGGCCACACGAAAUAAAGAAAUUCGAAUGCAAGAGAUGGUCUCAAUGGGGGUGGGAAAUAAACCCUUCCUGGACAUUAAACCCAGUGAUGCUGCUAUCAAUGACAGAGCCAUUGAUUACAUUAUGAAAGGCAGAGGGGCUAGAACGCGAGCCUCCAUUGCUGUCUCUCUUUUUGACCACUCAAAUCCAUUCAAACGGGCUGCGGUUAACACGCCUGUUAGUGGGACCCCAGUGGCCGGUGGCCCAUCUUCUUCCACGUUGCUGGGGCCGUUGAACCUUCACAUGUACAACAGCCAGAGCCUGCUAGGAGGAGAGAGACCACUCAUCAGCCCCUGCAUCGAAGAGGAUGAACUGGAGCAUGAGACUAGCAGUCAGCCAUCUAUGACUACAGAGAGCUCGGGUUCGUCGUCUCACUGUCUGUCUGGAAGCGGCUCGAGUGGCUCGGACAGUGGAUGUGUGUCCAGUCACCUGCCGGAGGCUCUGUCAGAGGAGCCAAGCUCACCAUGUGACUCCUCGUGCUAUUCCUCCAUCACUUCUCCCACACAAGAGAAACCCUGCUUCAACAGCCAGUACAUCUCAGCGGGAGGUGCUCAGGUGAUAGGUCCCUCUACUAUAGUGUGAGCUCAGUAACCACUGCUGCAGUUUAAUAUCUUGCCUGAGAAUGGGACGACCACGUUACCACGCAGAAGAGGAAUACAGAGCUACUAUUUAUUGUUCCUGUUGAGUUGCUCAAAAUAGCACUGUUUCUUUCUUAAGCCACUUUUAAGUUUAAUUAAGCUUUUAUAUAAAUUUAAAGAUGAUCUAUAAAGCUGAAUAAAUAUUCUUGUAUUUAUCUUAUUUUCUGAUGUUUAGAGCAGUAGUGUUCUUUGCUGUAUUAUUAACUGUAAAUAAUUACCGUAGUAAUGUACAUUAUACUUUUUAGUUAAGCAGUUCCCACUGUUUUUUGUUGCCCACGGUGCUGCAGAUUGAUUUUGAGACGAUAGGCUUUGAUGGUUAAAUUUCUAAUCAUUUCACUAAAGUUAUGUUUAAAGCAUUUGCAAAGCGGUGCUGUAGAAUAUCUGUGUUCUUCUGUUUAGUAUUUCCAUAAAAUCUGACCUGUGGUCAGUUGGUUCAGUUUAGUGUUAACAUGCAGUGGAGUCCUGUGCCUCUCUGGCUUAUGAUCUCUGUUCUGAUCCAGAAUCAGAGCAUUGACUAUCCUAAGACUGACCUUGGGUCAGCUCAGCCCUACGUACAUUGCUACUCCUACAGUAGGUGCUGGGUUCUGCUGCUGCCUGUUUGGAGAGAUGUUUUUUUAUUUCAGUUCUGUUCUGUUAUUUACAUUAAUGGGUAAAACAAAAUGUAGAUUUUUUGUAAAUAUUUGCACCAUUGGUGCUUUGAGGACAUAACGUUUAGGAAGUACUGGACUGUGCUACGUUUUACAUGUAUAAAGGAACACUAAAGUGCCAUUCUUUGUCACCAAUAACACAACAAACAAAAAAACAUACAAAUAUGCUACAAGUUCCACUGUAAGUUGGAGCAUGAAUGUGUACUCAUGUGUUUCUUUUUUCAUCCUAACAAGUUCCCACACAAGUAAUAAAGAUGGAUUGAGUUGUACUGAAAA